AUGGAUGACCCAUUGGAGCUGGAUAACGAACUUCAACGAACCUUCUAUCAUGGAUUUCUCUUACACGCUGACAUCGACCCAUUACUCAAAGAAGACGGUGAUUUCGUUCUUCGUAAAACGGACAAAGAUGGUCAAAUCAUCUUGGCUUUGUCAGUAAAGUGGAACAAACAAGUACUUCAUUUUGUAGUCAAUCAAGACGAAAGCGGCUACUAUUACUUUGAAACUCACAAAGAAAAAACAAUGCAUGAUUUGAUUAAUUGGCACAAAACAACAGGAACUCCAGUAUCUGCGGGAAGUCAUGCAAAGCUUAUCAAUGGAAUCAAUCGACAAUCAUGGCUUUUAGAUCAUGACGAAAUUCAACUGCAAAGGAAAUUAGGUGAAGGAGCCUUUGGCGAGGUAUAUCUAGCACAAUAUGUAAAAAUAAAUAAAGUAACUGAUGUAGCAGUGAAAACAAUGCGAGAAGAGGCAUCUCGGCAGGCACGACUUAAAUUCAUGAAGGAAGCUCGAAUAAUGCGUAAAUUCUUGCAUCCUAAUGUGGUAAAAAUUAUGGGUAUUAUGGUGUACGAAAAUCCGCUGAUGAUUGUCAUGGAGCUAUGUCCUGAAGGUUCAAUGCUCAAUUACCUUAGAAGAAACGCACCUAUUAACCCAGAUCUAAAGCUACGUUUUGCUACAGAAGCUAGCGCCGGUCUUGCAUAUUUAGAAUCCAAACAUUGCAUUCACAGGGAUAUAGCGGCGAGGAAUUGUUUGUUAUCAGAGCAGCUGGAAGUAAAAAUAAGUGAUUUUGGUAUGUCUGAUGAACGAAGAAUCAUUCACGACGAAAAAUUAGAGAAAGUUCCAAUGAAAUGGCUUGCACCAGAGACCAUGCAGCAACGCAUAUUCUCGCACAAAACCGAUGUUUGGUCUUUCGGCGUAUUGAUCUGGGAAGUGUAUGCAAACGGUAAAGAACCAUAUCCCGGCUUGUCAAACAUUCAGACACGAGCCAAGAUUGUUGUUCAGAACUAUCGAAUGGAAAUGCCGAAGACAGCUCCGUCGACUGUAUCAAAACUUGUUUAUCAAUGCUGGAAAACGGAACCUAAGGAAAGACCAUCAUUUGCUGAAAUUCACAAUAAGUUGAAAGCGUUGAAGAAAAAGUAG